AUGAGUAAUAAGCUACUCAAGCAGAGGCUAAGACAAAUUAGGAACAAAAAGCCUACACCUUCGUUGAAAAAUCGAUCCAAUAAGCGGAUUUCGAAACAUACCCAGAAUACAAAAGGAAAAGCUUCCAAUUUGAUAGUCUCUGCAAAUGAACUAAAGUGGAAGCCAGUUGAAAUUCCAGACACUUUAGAUGAUUUUGAAGGCUUUUAUGGCUUAGAAGAAAUAGAUGGUGUUGACGUAAAGAUGGAAAAUGGCAAAGUCCAGUUUGUUGCAAAAGAUGGAAGUAAAAUUAGGAGCGAAGAUGAUGACAUCGCGUCAGAAAAGAUGGAAGUCGAGGAAGAUAACGAUGAUAGUGGUGACGAAGGGGAGGAUGAGCUUAUUGAGUUUCAAAAUUUAGACGAUAUUGCAGAUGGAGCACUCAGUGCAGUCUCAGAUUCUGAUGAGGACGAGGAAAACAAAAGUGAAAACAUAGACAACAAACGCGAGUCAGUGAUUGGAACGUCGAGCGUUGAAGCCCAAGAUGCAGAUGAAAAUGAACUUCAACCUAAUGUGUUCUCAAAUGAAGUAGAUUUGGAAAACUUCGAGUUCUCUUCCUUAACAGCAUGGACUGACAAAAUGAACUUAAGUAUUAGUACCUUGAAGGGCUUGAGCCAACUUGGAUUCACUAGACCCACGAAGAUCCAGGCAUUGGCUACACCAAUUGCUCUUGAAGGUAGUGAUGUCAUGGGAAAAGCUUCUACAGGUUCCGGUAAAACACUAGCAUAUGGAAUACCCAUAUUAGAGAAGCUGAUUACAAGCAAUUCAAGCACCGCACCAGUCGGCCUUAUAUUCACCCCCACUAGAGAACUAGCUCAUCAGGUCACACAGCAUAUACAAAAAUUAUCACAAUUUGCUUUAAAUGGAAAACCUCAUGCGAUUCUAUCAUUAACAGGUGGCUUGUCGAUACAAAAACAAGAACGACUCUUAAGGUACGAAGGCUGUGCAAGAAUAGUCAUUGCGACUCCAGGACGCUUUUUAGAGCUCUUAGAGCGUGACUCUAACCUUAUUGAGCGGUUUUCGCGUAUAGAGUGUUUGGUUUUAGAUGAAGCUGACAGAUUAUUACAAGAUGGACAUUUUGACGAAUUUGAAAAGAUUCUAAAGCAUUUGGGAAAUGCGCGUAAGGAAGCGUUGAAAAAUGAACAGGGUUCGCAAAAUAAGGGCUGGCAAACAAUGAUAUUUUCAGCGACUUUUUCACUAGACUUGUUUAAUAAGCUAGCAACAACCUCGUGGAAAAAACUCGGUAAUGGGAAAGAAGAAAAUGAGAUGGAAAUGGCAUUGAAACAUCUCAUGACUAAAAUUCACUUUCGUUCAAAACCUGUAAUUGUUGACGCCAACCCCAAUGAUAAAGUUACCUCGAAGAUAAAAGAAUCACUAAUCGAAUGCCUACCAACUGAACGUGACUUGUACACUUAUUAUUUUAUUACAGUAUAUCCAGGAACUACCUUGAUCUUUUGCAACGCAAUCGAUUCUGUCAAGAAGCUGAAUGCAUAUUUGAAUAAUCUAGAUAUUUCUUCGUUUCAAAUACACUCCUCCAUGACUCAAAAGAACCGUUUAAGAAAUUUGGAGAAAUUUCAGCAAGAAGCAGUAAAAAAUACAACUGUCGGUAAACCCACUGUUUUGAUUGCAAGUGACGUCGCAGCAAGAGGUUUAGAUAUUCCUGGCAUUCAGCACGUUGUCCAUUAUCAUUUACCCAGAAGCGCUGAUGUCUACAUCCAUAGAUCUGGCAGAACAGCCCGUGGAGAGAACGAGGGUGUUUCAGUUAUGAUUUGCUCUCCACAAGAAGCAAUGGGCCCUUUGAGAAAAUUAAGAAAAGUUUUGAGUUCUAAGGAUGAUUCUGAAAAGAAGCGCAAAUGGCAGAAGGAUGUUCCUGCCUUUCCUAUGGAACCCGAUAUUAUUUCACAACUGCGUGACCGUAGCAGACUUGCCAGUGAACUGGCUGAUGAUGAAUUAGCAACCCGGUCGUUGAGUAAAGAUGACAAUUGGCUGAAGAAGGCCGCUGAUGACCUAGGAAUAGAACUCGACUCUGAUGAAGAGAAUAGAGACACUUUUCUCGCUAAGAAUAAAACAAAAAAGAUCAAUAAAACGUUAGGAAGAGAUCAAAGCAAAGCGAAACGAUUUGAAUUGCAGGAACUCUUGAAGAGACCUAUAAGAAAAGAUUUAAGAAAAAGAUAUUUGACCGGCGGUCUUGUAAAUUUAGCAGAUAACCUGGUGAAAAAUAAAGGGCAUGCAGCUAUUAUUGGUCAUGAUAAGAUUGAUGCUCUUGAGUUACUUAAAACAAAGAAAAGACGUUGA